ACAUGUCCCCAUGUUUACUCUGGGAGCAUGGGAGCAGACAUCAGGACUGUGGUUCUAGCACUAGAGAUCUCCAUUUUCAAACCUUGCCACCGCAAAGUCUGUUUUAAACCCUCUCUGUUGUAUACAAACUUCAUUUCAAGAUGAGAAACUGGAAAACCUUCCUGUUCAAGUUUUGUAUGAUUUUGGUGGUUUGCAUUGGCUGCACCUGUAAACCUCUUGACAAUGACAUCCAAAGUGAGGACCUAGAGGAAAUAUACUCUCAGCUGUCAGAGGAUCUUCUGGAGGAAGAAGACUCAGAGUCAAGAAUGGAGAACUUGCUGGGAACCAUGAAGGAGGGUUUUCUGAGGCAACUCAACCUGUCAGAUGUUCCACAGGAGCAUGCCAAGAUCUCGCCGCCUCAGUUCAUGGUGGAGCUGUACAACAAGUACGCCUCAAAUAGGUCGGCGGUCCCUCAAUCUGAUGUCAUACGAAGCUUCACCGUCCAAGAUGUCACUCCAUUUGUGACAAAUGGAACAAAGUUAAAGUAUAGGCUUCAGUUCAACAUCAGCGUCCCCAGCCAUGAAAAGAUCAUCACUGCUCAACUACAGCUCCUCUUCUUUCCAGAUGCCAGGUCGAAGGUCACCUCCCAGAGUUUCGAAGCCACAGUUAAAAUCUACGAAGUUGACAGUAACUUCAUGUCCCCAAAGCAACUGCAUGUUAGCAGAGAGGUGACAGGCUCGCAGAGCACAUGGACAACGUUUGAUGUGACUACAGUAAUACAGAGAGGGAUGAAGUCGUGUCAAGGAGCAACUGUUUUUGAUGUAGUGGUGGACAGAAGGGACUGCGGCGCCUCUGAUAAUGAAGAGGAGGCAGCCAGCUGUUUAAAUGUGAGCAUGUCUGUUGGAGAAAAUACUUCAGCUGCUUUAAUAGUCUUCUCAGAUGACUUUGGUAGCAGGAGGAGGGAGGCAAAGAAGGAGCUAAGUGACAUGAUCCUUCAUGAGGAAGAAAUCCUCCUGCACUCAGGGGCCGACUGGAACCGAGGAGAUCAACUUCCAAAUGAGAUUCCUAAUGCUCAGCACCCGCGGAGAACGAAAAGAAGGGCAGAGAGGGAACACUGCCGGAGAACCUCGCUCAAAGUGAGGUUUAAAGACAUCGGCUGGGACAGCUGGAUCGUGGCGCCUCCAGAAUACGAUGCCUUUGAAUGCCGAGGUCUGUGUUACCACCCGCUGACAGAUGAAUCAAGCCCAUCAAAGCAUGCACUCAUCCAGACACUGAUGAACAUCAGGGACCCCAAGAAAGCCAACAUGGCGUGCUGCGUCCCCAUAAAACUGGCCCCUAUCACAGUCAUGUAUCAAGAGAAUGGACGGAUCACCAUAAGAUACCUUUAUGAAGAGAUGAAGGUGGCAGAGUGUGGCUGCAGGUAGUCGGAGAGGGUGGUUAUAUUAUUUUUAAAAGUGGUUCAAAUGUUUAUAUUUCUUUUAAAUUCAAUUCAAUAUAUAAAGGUGACGGACUAUAUAACAACUUCUAAGGUCUGAAGUACUCUGAAAUAAGCAGUUAAUAUUUAGGAAGAAAUAUGAACACCUACAAGAUUUUUUUAUAUACAUAUAAACAAUGAGCACCAACAAAUUUCACAUCUGUAACAAGACAAAUGUUAUUAAAGUAUAUAAUGUUCUGUGUAUGUAUUUUAUGUAUUAUACACAAUCAGAUUACUAUUAUGUAUAAAAGCUAAAGCAGCUUAACAGUGAUUGUUUGAUUGAAGCAAAGCUAGCGGUGGAGACAAGAAGACUGAAUAAAAUAUUUAAAUUUGUUGCUACUCUGUGGAUUUUUGUCUACUAAAAAAAGAAGUAAAGUCUUUUUCCACUAUUAGUUGUAAACAUCCAUUCAUUCAUCUUUUAACUGCUUAGCUGAGACCAGGUCGA